AUGCCUGCAGGAAGCUCUACGUCCAAGAAGACACCUGUGCGUAUGAGCAAGCUCUUCUCGCAGAUGCUGACCGAGUGUCCGCUGGAUGUCCAAGUGUACGGCAAGUGCGUGGCCGACAUCCACGGUGGUGUGAAUCGCCAGGCCUGUGAGAAGGAGUUCCAGAAGCUGCGGGCCUGCUUCGAGCGCGUCGCGCGCCAGCGUCGCGGCUAG